UUUGGUCAAGUGUGAUGUAAAUCAUCCGCAAGUCCCGCCCCCUUCGCCCGUCCCGGUGCCGAGCGCCCCUCGCUGAUUGGUGGCUUUCUGCUUCGCUUGGCUGCGUUGCGCGGCGGCCGGUUGCUGGCGAGGGCUGGUGAGUGGUGGCUUUGGGCCAUUGAUUUGAGGAUACCAGUAGCCCUUGGCCGACCUAUAUUGUCUGUCGGGUGGGCGAGACAGACUUGCCCGCUUACUAGUGGGGAUUCUCUCAGCAGCCUGACCCAGCCGGGGGUUUGGAGCUGCUGCCCUCGGCCCUUCCUGGAGCCAUCGGUCGAUGAUCCCUGGCACUCCUGCAGAAACGUCACCGACUCCUAAACACGUUGGGGCAUGAACAAAUCCUUGACAGUGCCCGGAGCAGAGGGAAAAAUAAGAAAAUGUUGCAGUUGGUAGAGAUGGUGUACCUUCUGGUUUAUCUGUGUACAAUAUGGAGUAUGUUCACUUCUUUCAGGAUAUGCGAAGCCAUGCCAUUGCAGUCACAAAAGAAUACAACAAAUAUUUUGCAAUCAAGACCUUGCUGGGAAAAUGAAGAAUACAGCAUUGUAAGAGAAUGUAGACCUUGCACUGAUUACGAAAAGACUGUGCAUACUGAAUGUACAUUUACUGGUUUUAUUGAAGAUGUAAAGUGUACACAAGACCAGAGGUAUAGAAGCUGUCGUUCAGAUGAAUUGGAGGAACUGAAAUUCUGGAAGUUUGAAGGAAUUGUUGUUUUGGUGGGUGUAACCUUUGCCAUCAUUGUUACUUUCCGACAAAGGACCUUAGACAGACGUGCAGAACAAAAAGUGCGACGACAGCUUGAAGAGAUUUAAUUUCACAACAGUUACUGAUAUUUGCUUUUGCAUCCAAAGCAGUUCAGAGUAGAUUGCUUUUUGAAUUAACUUUUUUUUCAAAUGAUCUUCAGUGUUCUAUCCAUUUUUGACGUUCACCAUCCACCCUUGUAUGUUGUAGAAAAUACAAGAUUUUGUUUUACUUAAAAUAGCCUUCAAGGCAGUCAUAAAUAUUAGGAUGUAAUUAUCUUGUCUUUUGUGGUUAGACAUUGAAUUUGUAUAAUAUUUAUAUGGAGAGGUAAAUUGUAAUAUAAAAAUUCUAUUUAUGUAGACAGUAUAAAAUGGAAGAGAAUAGUCUAUUCAGUACCUUAUUUUGUUAGAUAUUAGGAAAUGUAAUUAAUAGUACUUUUUACAUAUAUCUAUAAAAGUAAGUACCAUUGAUACUGAUUUCAGUAUAAAUUUCUUGUGUUACUGUUAAUUUUUAUACUUUGAACUGAAUUUGCUUGUUUAUAUUCCACCUCACUUGCCACUUCUCCCCUCCGCCCCAAUCCAACAGGAAAAAGAAAUCUAAAUCUAAAUUGUAAUAAAAUGCAAUAUAAAUUGUCUCUGGGUUUGUUUGCAAAGAAUAUUAUUCUGAAGAAAUAAAGUACAAAACUAA